AUGGAGAAACGUGAACCCUCUUUGGUACCUGAAUGGUUGAGAAGUUCAGGGAAUGGUUCUGGUGUUGGGAAUAAAAGUCAUAUUCAGUCAUCUUCUGCUCGCUCAGGAGACCCAGACGCUGUAAAAAUCUCAUCUUCUGAUCUAAGUCUUGCUGUUCAGAGCUUGUCUGUUGGUGACUCAGGCAUUACUGCUGGGGAAGGUUGGGCAUCGGCUCCGGCGGAGGUUCCCAAUGAUAUUAAGAAAAGUGGUUCUGACUCUGAUAUUACUUCGAAUACCUUAACGGGACAGACUCGUAACAUGGCUGAAGCAUUGCUGCAGCCUCCUAGAACUGGUGCAUUUCCUCAGGGAUAUUCAAUGAUAAAAAGACUUGAGGACCAAGCUCUUAAGCUAAUACCGGUUGUGCCUUCUGCACCAAAGGGCUCAGUUUCCAUGACCAAACCAAUGGUUCGAAGUGGUGCAGUUGGUCUUGCUUCUUUUAGAAAUACCCACAAGCAUUCCUCGAUGCUGCUAGGCAAUAUUCAUUCUAAUUAUGGUAAGCCUGAUAGUAAGCUGGUAAUUCUCAACCCUGCGGGCAAAGAAUCUGGAGGUCCAAGUCGUAUAACCAACAGCGUGGCAGCUGGUUUCCAGAUGAUCGCUGCUCCAUCUGCGCCAUUCAUUACUUCUGUGGCUCAAACGCAGAGCAGGAAUGCGUUUUACAGUGCUUUGAAGAAGAAGACAUCUACAAACAUCUCAACUAGCUCUUGCAUCUUCCCUUCUGUCGAGGAAAAAUCAGACAUCUCUAAGGAGCUUGUAGCUAGUAACCCUUCAAGUGUGCAUGCUGCAGAAAGAGAUGGUGGUUUUGAACCGGCAGACCUUCCAGAUGAAGAAGAGGCUGAGUUCCUUAAAUCCCUUGGGUGGGACGAAAACAAUACUGAGGUAGAAGCCCUUACAGACGAGGAGAUCAGAGCUUUCUAUGAACAGCACAAGAAGUUGAAGCCAUCACUGAUGAAAAAGCUGCCUAUCAUUAAAGAGGCAACUGAGGACGCAACUCUCAGCUCGUGAUCCGAUUUUGAAGAUAGUUUUCUCAUUUCUCUUUCCUUAUUUUGGUGGUGGGGAGCUUCAGUUGCACUAUGAGUGUUGUUCUACUUCUUCAGAAAAGCAACAAAAUUGAGUAUUUGUACAUCUUUUGGUCUGAAGAUAGAGACUGG